AUGAGUAAUUAUAUUAAUCAAAAAAUCGUCCCAAGUGUUAUCAAAUUUAGCAAUACCAAAAUUAUCAAGGCAUUAAAAGACGGGAUGAUGUUUGUCCUACCGUUUUUAAUUGUUGGUUCCCUUUUUAUGUUACUGGCAAACAUUCCAAUUCCUGCAGUUGCAAAUGCGAUUACUGCAAGUGGUUGGGCUGCGAUCUUUAAUCAGAUUUAUCAAUCGUCGUUUUCCUUAAUGGCAAUUUUUGCGACCGUUGGAAUCGCGUAUACCUAUAUCAAAAAUGAGCAGAUCGAUUCUCCUUUUUCCGGCAGUUUGGCUGCAUUGAGUGCAUUUAUUAUGGUACUGCCACCUGAUAUUAAGCCUAAAGCUGGUCAGAUUAUUCCAAAUGUGAUUUCUAAGACCUGGACUGCUGGUCAAGGGAUGAUUUGCGCAAUUAUUAUUGGGCUCUUAGCAGGUUAUAUUUAUAGUUUUUGUGUCAAAAAAAAUUGGCGAAUUAAAUUACCGGCAGGAGUACCGCCUGCCGUUGCAAGUUCCUUUAUGGCAUUAAUUCCGACCGUUGCAGUUUUGAUCGUGGCAGGUGCGAUUUGUGCCUGUUUCACUUUUUUGGCAAAAACAAGUUUUGCAGAAUUAAUUUACUCGGCAAUUCAAGUUCCAUUGCAGGGAGUAACGGAUUCUCUUGGCGGAGUCGUCAUUAUGACAAUUGUAAUGUCUCUUCUUUGGUGGUGCGGAGUGCACGGCGGUGCCAUUUGUGGUGCAAUCCUGACGCCUAUUCUUCAGUCAAAUAUGUCUGCAAAUCAGGCAAUUUUAGCGACAGGAAAGAAAUUAACCAUUGCUAAUGGUGGCCAUAUUUUUUACGCAGCAAUUUUGGGAUAA